CGUCAACAACAAAGGAUCAACACCAGCAACAGUCAAAGAGGGGAUCUUGGAGGGGAAUCGCCAGUUGUGUGUUUCGCUCUUUUAUUCCCUUCUGAUCAAAGGAUUUUUUGCGGAGGAGGCAGAAUCUUUGUCUCCUACCCUGUUACUCUUGCGACUUUUUUUUGGUCACUCGUUAACUACCACUCGACAGCCGCCCUCAAUUUCUUUUUCACCCAUUUUCUCUCUCUUUCUCUCUCUCUCUCUCUCUUUUUUUAUAUUUCACCUUUGUCAGAUCUUUUAAGUCAAGAUGGAUGACUCCUUGAUGGACGACUCCGUCUUCGAGGACGACGCUAGCUCUGACUUCAUGCCUGAACCAGCUCCCAAGCCCAAGGCAAAGGCUGCCGCAAAGAAGGCAGCACCCAAAAAGUUGACACAGACAAAAUUGACUGCGAAGACAUCGCCAAAGUCAAAGAAGCGCGCCAAAGCGGAUAUGGAAGACGACAUGUCUGACAACGAUGAUCCCUUCGAUGACGAUUCCGUCCUCUCUCAUACCCCUCCCCAGAAGGUGAAGAAGGCGGCGCCGUCGAAGAAGGGAGGCUCGAAACCCCUGGCCGAUGUGGAGAAUGAAUCGUUCUCAGUCGACGGCACUGAGGAACCAUCCAAGGAAGUAAAUGUAUCGGAGAAAUAUGAAAAGCUCUCACAUCUCGAACACAUCGUGAAACGUCCAGACACGUAUAUCGGAUCCGUUGAGCGCACCUCCCAAGAAAUGUGGGUCUACAAUUCGGAGACAGAUAGCAUGGAGUAUCGCGAGGUCUCUUACGUCCCCGGUCUUUAUAAGAUCUUUGACGAAAUCGUCGUGAACGCCGCUGAUAAUAAGCAAAACGACGCCAAUAUGGACGAGAUUCGCGUUACCGUGAGUCGUGAGACGGGGGAAAUUAGUGUCUGGAACAAUGGCCGUGGUAUUCCCAUUGAGAUCCACGAGAAACACAAAAUCUACAUCCCAGAACUGAUUUUCGGUAACCUCCUGACAUCUUCCAACUACAAUGACAGCCAACAAAAAGUCACUGGAGGUCGUAAUGGCUUUGGUGCGAAGCUUUGUAACGUUUUCUCUACGGAGUUUUCCAUUGAAACAGUCGACUCGCGUCAAAAGAAAAAGUACAAGCAGACCUGGACUGAUAAUAUGACUAAGAUCGGCAAGCCAAAGAUCACCGAUGCCUCGAAGAGCGAUGACUACACAAAAGUCACGUUUAAGCCAGAUUAUGCCAAAUUUGGCAUGGAGGGUAUGGAUGACGACUUUGAAGCUCUCGUUAAGCGUCGAGUGUAUGACUUGGCAGGUACUACGAAGGUGGCUGUCAAGCUCAAUGGGUCCCGCAUUCCGGUUCGUAAUUUCAAAAAGUACAUGGAAAUGUACACCAAAGCCAUCCGCAAGGAGCGUGGUGAAGACGGCCCUGCUCCCAAGGACGAGAUUAUUACCUGCAGCCCGGACCCUAGAUGGGAGAUUGGCUUUGCUGUAUCCGACGGCUCAUUCCAGCAAGUUUCGUUUGCCAAUGCCAUCGCCACCACUUCUGGCGGUUCCCACGUGAACUACAUUGCCGACCAAAUCUGUACUAAGCUGGCUGACGCCGUUAAAAAGAAGAAUAAGAAUGGCGCCACAUUAAAAACCGCACAGAUUCGCAAUCACAUCUUCCUUUUCGUCAAUGCUCUGAUCGUGAACCCGGCUUUUACCUCACAAACGAAGGAACAAUUGACAACCAAACCCUCGCAAUUCGGUAGCAAGUGUGUGCUGGAGGAUGACUUCUUAAAGAAAAUUCUCAAGACCGACAUCAUGAACAACAUCCUGCAUUUUGCUCAGCAAAAGGCCGACCAGAUGCUCAAGAAAUCUGAUGGUGGUCGCCGUACCCGUAUGAAUAACCCCAAACUUACUGAUGCAAACAAGGCGGGUACGAAGGAAGGUCAUCACUGUACCCUCAUCCUGACUGAGGGUGACUCGGCCAAGGGUCUUGCUAUGGCUGGGCGUGCAGUGGUUGGUCCUGAUCUCUUCGGUGUGUAUCCGCUCCGUGGAAAGAUGCUUAACGUGCGGGAUGCUUCGUUUGAGCAAAUUUCCAAGAACCAGGAAAUCCAAAACAUCAAAAAUUUUAUGGGGUUGCAGCACAAGAAAGAGUACACAGAGACCCGGGGCCUCCGCUAUGGCCACCUGAUGAUCAUGACUGACCAAGAUCACGAUGGUAGUCAUAUUAAGGGGUUGCUUAUCAACUUCCUCCAAGCUCAGUUCCCAAGUUUGUUGAAGAUUCCCGAGUUUUUGAUUGAGUUCAUCACGCCUAUCAUCAAGGUCUGGAAGGGGGACGCCAAGAACCCAACCAAGUCUGUCUCGUUCUUCACCAUGCCUGAGUAUGAGGCAUGGAAAGAAUUGCCCGGCCAUCAGCGCGGCUGGGACCACAAAUACUACAAGGGUUUGGGUACUAGUACCACCGAAGAUGCCCAGAUCUACUUCCGUGAUCUCGAUCGCCACCUGAAGGAGUUCCAUACGAUGCAGGAUAAAGAGGCCGAACUGAUUGAACUUGCUUUUUCGAAGAAGAAAGCCGAUGAGCGAAAGGAGUGGCUGCGCCAAUUCAAGCCUGGUACCUAUUUGGAUCACUCCGUUGAGAAAAUCACCUACACCGACUUCAUCAACAAGGAGCUCAUCCUGUUCAGUAUGGCGGACAAUAUUCGAUCCAUUCCAUCCGUUGUCGAUGGGUUGAAACCGGGUCAACGCAAAGUUUUAUACACCUGUUUUCGCCGGAAUCUCAAGAAGGAUAUGAAGGUCGUUGAACUCGCCGGUCACGUUUCGGGUAUGACCGCCUAUCACCAUGGCGAUGCCUCUUUGCAGCAAACCAUUGUCGGUCUUGCCCAAGACUUUGUCGGAUCCAACAAUAUCAAUUGCCUUGAACCCAGUGGCAACUUUGGUAGUCGUCUCCAAGGUGGUGCCGAUUGUGCAAGUGCGCGUUAUAUUUACACUCGCCUCUCCCCGUUUGCUAGACGCGUAUUCAACGUGCAGGAUGAGCCCCUGCUCACAAACAACGUAGACGAUGGCAAAAUUAUCGAGCCCGAAGUCUACGUUCCCGUCGUACCCAUGAUCCUGAUUAAUGGUGCGGACGGUAUCGGUACUGGUUGGAGUUCCACCAUCCCUAACUAUAAUCCCGAGGAUAUUGUGGAUAAUUUGCGCCGUAUGAUGAAGGGUGAAGAAAUAAAGCCCAUGCAACCAUGGUUCCGCGGUUUCAAGGGUGAAGUCACUCCCCUCGGACCGGACAAGUAUAAGUUCAGUGGCAUCAUCAGGGAGCUCUCGGAAAAAGAGGUUGAAAUCACUGAACUCCCAGUUCGUACCUGGACGCAGGACUUCAAGGACAAACUGGAGGAUAUCAUCAAGGCCGAAAAGACUCCAUCAUUCAUCAAGGAUUAUAGGGAUUAUAACACCCAUACCGAUGUUCACUUCGUCAUCCAGAUGGAUGAGAAGAACAUGAAGACAGCCGUGGGUGAGGGCUUGGAAGAGAAAUUCAAGCUGGCCAAGACUGUCGCAACCACGAAUUUGGUUGCCUUCGACCCUGAAGGCCGGAUCACUAAGUAUAACACCGUUGAUGAUAUCAUGAAAGAAUUCUUCGCUGUUCGUCUGAAGUAUUACGAGCGACGCAAGCAAUACCAGCUCUCUCAACUUCAAAAAGAACUCGAUAAGCUUAGCAACCAGGCAAGAUUUGUCCAGAUGAUUAUUGACGGCGAGUUGGUGGUUUCCAAGAAGAAGAAGCAGGUCCUGGUUUUGGAGUUGAAGGAGAAGGGUUUCAGACCAUUCCCCAAGGUAGCGGAUGCCGUCAAAGCUGGUGAAACCGAGAAGGUCGUGGAGGAGUCCGAAGCAGAGGCAGUGGAGGACGCUGAAGGCACGGAUGAUCUUUCCACCGCCUAUGAUUAUCUCUUGGGAAUGGCAAUUUGGUCUUUGACCCAGGAGCGCGUGGAAAAGCUCCGCCGCCAGAUUGGCGAGAAAGAGCUGGAGGUUGACGUGCUCAUCAAGCUGUCCAAAGAAGACAUCUGGACGAAGGAUCUUGAUGAAUUUAUCAACGAAUGGCGCUUCCAGCUGGAGGACCAGGAACGCCGUCGGCGUAAGUACGCCAAGAUGGGCCGUCGAGCCUCGAUGAAGCUUGCGACGGCAGGUCGCGGAGCCGGCGCGAAAAAGCGCAAGGCAGCCGCCGAUGAUUCAGAUGAAGAUUUUGCUGCGCCCAAGUCCAAGAAAUCUGCCGUGAAAAAGAAGGAGGCAAAGGGUGGCAUUCUCAGUUUCCUCGGCAAAUCAUCCGCCAAACCCGCAUCUAAGGAUUCGGACGAUGAUUUUGAUGUUGAGGUGCUCCCUACGAAGAGCCGGGCUGUACCCCAGGCUGCAGCCAAGCGCGCAACCAAGCCCAAGGAUGAGGAUGGUGAUAUCGACAUGGAUAACUCGGAUAUUGAGAUAAUGCCGAAGAAGAGUCGAGUAGUUCCUAAACUUGAAGAGGAGGAGGACGACCUUGAUGACGACGAUUUCAUGGAGAUCACGAAGGCAGAAGCUGCUAAAACCGCGCCCCAAGCCAGCCGCACAGGUCGCAAACCAGCUCCUAAGUAUACCUUGGACGACUCGGAUAGUGAUAACGGCGAUGAUCUGCUCGGUGAUGUGAGCAACAUGGUCAAGGGCAUUGGCGGAGCGGCUGGCACUUCUUCCAAGUCGGAUUCCCGACAGCUUUUCUCUGAGCUUUCCCGGCCUGGCAGCAGUACCAGUUUGCCUACCAGCGCGAAGGCAUCCAAGUUUUCCAAGGACUUUGACGCGGACGAAACAGACUACAGCAAGCUCGUUCCUCAAAACUCUCCACGCCGGUCGCUUCAGGUCAAGUCCAAAGACGUGAAGAUGUCGGAUGAUCACGAUGUGGAUGACGACGACGAGGAUGAUGAGCCAGUUAAACCCACUAAGGGUAGGGCUGCUGCCAAACCCAAGGCAAGUGCAGCAGCCAAGUCAAGUACCGCUAAGCCCCGGGGCCGCCCAAAGAAGGAUGCUUCAGCCACCAUUGCCCCUGCUUCCAAGAAGAAGACAGCGCUUUCGCCUGCGGCCAAGGCUUAUGCCUCCAAGCAGGCUAAGACGACCAGCAAGAAGAAGCAGCUCGCCGAUGACUUGUCAGACGACGAUAUUGACGCGAUGGCUAAUGACAUCUUGGACUCCCCUGCUACAGGAAAGGCCGAUGCUCCUACACGCAAAACAGCGGCCCGGCCAGCCAGACGGACCGCAGUGACGAAGAAGAAGUCGUAUGUGAUUGAUGAUGAUAGUGAAGAUGCAGGGGGUGCGGCUUCGGAGGAUGAUUUUGAUCUUGACAGCGAAUAAAUGCGGUGGUUGUACAGGGUUCUUAAGACGUUGAUCGUCUCAGGAGGUUAUCUUUUAUUUUCUAGUUUGGGUUCUUUCUUCUUAAUGUUACUCCUUGCCUGCGAUAAUUAUUAUCUCAUUUCUAUCAAGCCUUGAGGCGUUUAGUUUAAUGAGAGCUUUCCAUUCCACACCAG